GCACUACCGGGUCGGGUAUGGGUGGUUGUAGGGUUGGGGUGGUUGUAGGGUUAGGGGUGGUUUGUAGGGUUGGGGUGGUCGUUUGGGGUCCGACAUGAGGUACAACGAACGGGAGCUUGCUGUCCUGUCCAGGCAACCGGCAGAGAAAGCGGCAGAGAUCAUGAUGAGGGUCCCCAAGAAGGGUUCAGUGUUAAAGAAGCGCCUCGUGAAGCUCGUGGUGAACUUUCUCUUCUACUUCAGGACGGAUGAAGCUGAGCCCAUUGGAGCGCUGCUGCUGGAGCACUGCAGGAUCACCAAAGAAGAGGAGAACGUUUUCUCCAUCAGUUUCAUUGAGGAGCCAGAGAGGAAGUAUUGCUUCGAGUGCGACAGCGAAGAGCAGUGCCAGGAGUGGAUUGAGGCGCUCAAGAGAGCCAGCUACGAGUUCAUGAGAAGAAGUUUGAUUUUCUACCGGAAUGAGAUCCAGAAGAUGACAGGGAAGGACCCCCUGGAGCAGUUUGGGAUCUCGGAGGAAGCCCGUUUCCAGCUGGCAAGUCGCAAGCAGUAAUUAAUUCCACAGGCUCCACUCUGGAGGGGUCAAACCCACCUGCACCCCAAGAGGAACAGUGGCAGAUCCCCCCCCCCAGCAACGACCAACUGACGUUUUAAUUUAUUAGCCAAAUGGGACUAUUUUUUUUUUUUUAAAUGAUUUUUUUUAAGGGAAUUCUUUGCACAUUCCCACCUCUCCUGCCCUCCCGCAGCCACGUGGGCAGCCAUCAGACUGUGACCUUGUGCACCGAUGCUGCUGCAGCCAUGGGAGUAACAGCAGGAGCAGAGGAGGAGGGACUGAGCCGAGCUCCAGCACUCACUGUCCUCCAACAAAGGCUCAGCCCUGGUGCCAGGAGCUUUGGGGCCGGCCUUGUGCCAGUUCCAGCUUCCCCUUAAUCCCUGCCCUCCUGCUGGGAGCUGCUGGGCUUCUCUGGCUUAGGGUGUUCCUGUAGGAUGAUGCUCUGCCUGUUGGCAUUGCUGUGCCGCAGGGUUAACCCUGCUGUGCUCUCUUCAACACAAAGCCAUUUCCAUUCAGAAAGGCUUCUGUGAACAUGGGCAUCACCCACUGCCACCAGCACCUCCUGGGCUGCUCUUCUCUUUGUCCUUCUCCAGACAGGCGCUGCUCAUUCCUAGAGGCCCCAUGAAGCCCAGGCUACUGCCAAUUAGAGAGCAGUCACAAACGAUGGGGAGAACAAAGCUGUAAAGCACAAUGGAGCAAAAACAGGACUGAGAGCUCCGUGUCGUGAUCCUGCUGCCCUCUGCAGUGCUGUGGGCCGGGCUGAACCUCAGGAGCAGCAGGUGGAGACUUGGAAAAGCUGCGUGCAAUUGGGCUGGAUGUAAGAGCAUCGGGUUAUGCAGAAGUUGAGCCCUGGGAGCAUCCCCCUGCUGUGCUGCAACACAGGGAACAACGAGUGCCUUUGCAGGGACUCCAAUAAUAAAGGGACUCCAGUAAUAAGCAUUAAGGGACAUCUCGAGGCUCUGCACCUGAGUGCAAAUGGAAAGUGCAGCCAGAGAUGAUGGAUGGAAGGUGCUCCCCAUCCCCAGAGCUUGGAGACCUCGUUCCUUGGGAGCUGCUCAGCCCUGAGGGAGGGGGAGCAGCUUUUCUUUUUGCCAGCCAGGCAGCAAAAAGGCUGCUCCACAAUUACAGCAGUGACUGAAGGGGGGAGAGCAGCUCGUGCUGCAGUGGGGCCAAUGGGAAUGGGAAGGAGUGCAGGACUGAGUGCCUGCAGCAGCGCUGCCUGGCUUCCCUCUGUACCUCAGCUGUGGGUACCAGGGGAGCAGCAGAUGGCACCGGCGCUUUAUUUUUAACCUCACGCCCCAGAUCUUUUCCUUCUCCUCCCCCGUAUCCCCUUUCCCUGCAGUGGUUCAGGUGCUUGCAGCAGCAAUUACCAAAAACAAACCGCGCAGGGCAGAAAAUAGGGCAGCGUGGAAGGCAGAUGGCAGCGCUCCUGUGAGCCACAAGCUGGGAUUAAAGGCUGGAGCAACACAGAGCUUUGGGGACACAGUGUCCUCGGGUGACUGCAGAGACAACAGCCAAGGAGCUCAGUGCUGCAGUGAGGGCUCUGUGCUGGCAGCCCACCCUAUGGGUCUGACCCCACUCCAGCAAUGGGGUGGUGGUGAUGCACCAGGGACAGCGAUAACCCCAAUGUUAUUGAGGAGGUGCCAGUGAUAUCACCUAAACCUGAAUGUAAGACAAAUGCUGUGAAGAGUUGCGUGGGCCUUUGCAAGCCCGGUGACUUAAUUAGCCAAUUAGUUGUUAGCAUAGCGUAGGACACUGUUAGACACCCCUCAGCAGGAGGGGAAGGUGGUACUGGAGAGAUCCACAUCCACUAAUGCUGGUUUAGACACAGAUCUGCAUGAUGUGUUUGUACUGCAGGGUCCCGACCCUUUGAGCGUGGGCUCUGCAGCUGUUGUACAAUGACCAUUUCCAAUAAAACCUCUUUUAAAAGCCA